UCGCCAUAUGAUUAAGCUGUCUUAUCGGCUUUCCUCUCCCCCUGAAUAAAUAUAUAAAUCCUAUUCUAUGCUAUAUUUUUGGAUUAGGCUUUCGGUUAUUUAAUUUCGGGAUUUGGAUUUGUUUUCAUCUGCGGUCAAAGAUGAGUGAUGAAUAACACCUAACACGUAUACCGUACAUACACAGAUACAGUGCCAUUUUACCAAUUACAUCAAUCAAUCGUCCUGACAUAUGUAAUUUGUGGAUUGAGGUUCUUAUUUCAGACAAUGUGAUACAUGCUGCUGCAGUCUACUGCAGUAUUGACUGUACUGGCUGACUGGCCUGAUGCAUGAUUAAAAAUAAAAUUGUAUUCUAUUGUAUUGUAGAUAGGUUAAUUACAGACUUAUUAAUGCAGUAAUGAUUCUGUAACUUGCGAUUCUUAUAUUUCUGCAUUUAGUCUACUAAUGAUAUUGUGAUAAAUUACAAUUUUCAGUUAAAUAAAAGUUUGUAACAUAUCUGUCUAUCCAGUAUUGCAUCAGUGUAUCUGAUUGGUUUUGCAAAAUGUCAUUUGCCACGGAUUCAUUGAUUAUGCUUACAACACAGAUUUUAUUUUUUGGAUUUGGAUGGGUCUUUUUUCUAUGGCAGCUGUUCAAAGAUUACGAAUGUCAUCAUCGAGCUGUUCAGCUUAUUUUCGCAACAACGUUUGCUUUAUCAUGUACCAUGUUUGAGCUUAUUAUUUUUGAGAUAUUAGGUGUUCUGAAUUCUAGCUCUCGAUAUUUCCACUGGAAACUGAACUUGUACAUUAUGCUUUUUGUAGUUGUGUUUGUCUUGCCAUUUUGCAUUGCUUAUUUUGUUAUAAGCAAUGUUAGCAUGUUUGCAAAAUAUAAAAUACCAGCUGCAUGCAUUAUAUGGCUUAUAUUUAUGUAUUUUUUCUGGAAAAUUGGUGAUCCAUUUCCAAUUCUGAGUGCUCAGCAUGGUAUUUUGUCAAUUGAACAAGUAAUAAGCAGAGUUGGUGUUAUUGGUGUCACUGUGAUGGCAUUACUAUCCGGGUUUGGUGCUGUUAAUUGCCCAUAUACGUACUCUUCCUAUUUCCUUCGUCAAGUCACAGAUUCUGAUAUUCAGCUUAUUGAAAGAAAGUUGAUGCAAACGAAUGAAAUGGUAAUAAGCAAGAAAAAAAGGAUUGCAAUCGCAAAGUACCAUAAUUCUUCAAGAAAUGCUAAUGAAAAUGUUCCACAAAGUGGAAUUUGGGCACGAAUUCGUAAUGUGGCUUCUCCAAUUUCUUCACCUGGAAACGAAAACGUUUCGUUACUUCAACAAGAAGUAAUUGCUCAUGAAGAAUUAAGCAGACAGCUAUUUCUAGAAACUGUUGAUUUACAUGCCACGAAGGAACGGAUUAAAUAUUCAAAAACUUUCAAGGGAAUGUACUUCAAUGUUUUAGGUUACUUCUUCUCGCUGUAUUGCAUGUGGAAAAUAUUCAUGUGUAUAAUUAAUAUUAUUUUUAACAGAGUUGGUAAAAAGGACCCAAUAACGAAGGGAUUUGAAAUAUUAGUUCAUUAUCUCGGCUUUGAUGUCGACGUGUCAUUCUGGAGUCAACACGUUUCUUUUAUAUUAGUUGGUAUUAUGAUAGUCACGUCAAUUAGGGGUCUUCUUAUAACCCUUACAAAGUUUUUCUAUGCGAUUUCGAGCAGUAAAUCUUCAAAUGUGAUUGUUAUGGGGCUUGCUCAAAUCAUGGGAAUGUAUUUUGUUUCUUCUGUUUUACUAAUGAGAAUGAAUAUGCCUGCUUCAUAUAGAGAAAUCAUAACUCAGGUUUUGGGGGAACUCCAAUUUCAAUUCUAUCAUAGGUGGUUUGAUGUUAUUUUUCUUAUUAGUGCCCUUAGCAGUAUAGGAUUUUUGUAUCUUGCGCAUAAGCAAGCUCCUGAAAAACAUAUAGUUCAAGAUGUCAAACUAUCAUUAUCAUUUAAUGACUGAUCUUACAGAACUGUGUUUUGCUUGUAAGAAAGAAUUAGAUUGAAUUUAAACAUUAGUAUUGAAGGUCUAAGACCUAAGUUUAUCUUUUGAGGAUUAUGGCCUAAGUAGAUUUUAAUAAAACAGUAUACCAGUCGACCAUACUGCCAUAAUAUGGAUAUACUAACAAAGUAACAAUAAAAAGUAGAAUUCAUAAUUAUAAGUUAAUGCAAAUGUAUUAGCGCAGACGUGUAAAUUCUUCCAUGACUUUUGUAAAGCAUGUCUGAAAUGAUUUGUUUUCAUGUUCUUUUCUUUUAAAGAUAGCAUAAUGUUUCUCAAUAUUGUGAGUAUAUAAGAUGAGAUUGAACCAAAGCUAUGAUUGAAUCUGAAAAUGAUGAAUUGAAUUUCAUUGAAGGCGACAAUGCUGCGUUACAAAUAAUCAAUGAUGAAGGAACAUUACGUUUUCUUACUUCGGACUACAUAAAUGAGAAUAAUAAUAUUGAUGAAGAGGCUAAGGAAAAGGAUACAAAAGAAUUGACUGAUGCUAAUAUAGAAAAGCUUCGUUCUCGCUACUCUGAAGUUUUGGAGAAAGUAAAACCCACAGCCGACCCUGCAAAUGCUUUCAAUAUGUUAGAAAAGGUCCAAGGUGGUAAAUCGAAUGAUUAUAGCAUAUUGACUAAAACUAUAAAUUCUUUGGUGAAAGAAAUUGGAAUCCAUGAUUUACAAGAUUUUAGAAUCGAGGAUAUUGUGUUGCUUGUUUUGGACAUGUUCACAGCAUUGCGACAAUACAUACAUGAAUUUAAUGUGCAGCAUAUAAUUCGACGGCGUGUAAAAUCGGCUAUUACCGCAAACAAACAACGCAACAAAGAUCAGCUCAAGUUUGGUAAUGUGGAAGUAUAUUUAAGUGAUCUUUACAAAUUGUAUCCUGAAGUUGGGACUUUAGCUUCUGGUCGAUGGUUGACCAGUGCUGAACGUCCAUACAAAGACACUGUAUUAGAUAUAGUUGAAGCAAUUGGUAUUAAAGAUGCACAUGAUACAAGGAUUUCUCAUGCUGUCACAUUAGCAAUGGAUCAAUAUCCUGUUUUGAGAGACCAAAUAACUAAUCCAAAUUUACGGAAACAGUUUUUAUCUAGAAUCAAGAGAAGCUUUUCGAAUAAAUCCAAAACAAAAGUUAAAAGAUCGUCCAAUGACGAAAUAUGCCAGAAUGAAGAUAUGAUUGAUGAAGAUAAAUGUGCAGGCUCCAAGAUUCCUAGGAUAGAAUUGGUGAUUGAACAGGAUGAAGAGAAUGAAUGUUUUCUAGACUGCGAAAAAUUAUAAGGAAAUUCCACUGUUUUUACUGU